CUUCUCCCCGGGUUAAUACUGGCCGACAGGCACCACUCCAACUGCCCUUGGCGAGCCUCCUUCCCACUACCACCUCACCCCUCAACCCCUACCAAACUAGCACAGCCUCUCCAUAACUGCUGCUCCCGGAGCCGCCAUUCUCCGUCGAUCUCCUCCAGGCUCCAGCGCUGCCUCGCCCGCCCAUGGCCGCCUCGGGCUCGAACCCGGACAGCAUGGACACCGACCCUCCCGGCGGCCUCUCCAUCGCCGUGGAGCGCAACCCGCCGGAGUCCCGCCUGCUCCAGCUCGGCGUCAGGUCCUGGCCCAAGUGGGGUUGCCCGACGGGGAAGUUCCCGGUGAAGUUCGACGCGCGGCAGACGUGCUACCUGCUCAAGGGCAAGGUGCGGGCGCACAUCAAGGGGUCGUCGGAGUGCGUGGAGUUCGGCGCCGGCGACCUCGUCGUCUUCCCCAAGGGGCUCAGCUGCACCUGGGACGUCGUCGCCGCCGUCGACAAGUACUACAAGUUCGACUCGUCCUGACUCGAUCGAUCAGUCCGCUCGCGAAUUCCCGCUGAUUGAUGAUCCGCCGAUUGAUUACUGGGCUGCGUCCUAGCUUAAUUGCGUUGAUUAGCCUAAUCCUGCUGCUAAUUUGCUUACCUAGCUCUGUGCCUAGUAACUCUAAUCGUCUCCUGUGUCGUGUAAAAAAAAAUGAAUGGGGUGCAGGGCAUCUAGCCCCUGUCGUAGGCCGGUGGUUAUUUCAUCCAUCCGGGAACUGCAGAAAAACCGGUCAAUGCAGGGCCUGUUCAAAGUAUUCUUGUUUAUUCCUCCGAGUGCAAUCCAUUUUGAAUGCUUCUUUGA